GAUAUUUUUGCCCCAUCGUUUUACAGCGGGUGAAACGCUCUCCUGGGUGAAACCGAGAUUUCUCUGUGUCUUCUGAGUGACUGCAGCUGUUUGAAGUCUGGUUUGUUUUAGGAGCCCAAACACGUCUAACGGAGGAAGAGGCCGGCCGAACAGCAGCGAAGAUGGAGAGAGAGAGAGAAAACAAAGGUCUGCAGAUUUGAUGCCCAUCAGACCGACUGGCACCAGGUUGAUCCGCUGAUCUCUGGUACAAGCAAACAGGAAGGCCAGCGUGGAGUUUCUGUGCUGUAGAACACAGAUGUUCAGCAGACUGAACAACUGUCCACAUAGUCCCCGUUUCCACCACCGAGGAGGACGCCAGGGUGGCUUCCCUCUGGACAUCAGGUUCAGCAGGUCUGCUUGAAAAGAAGAGGGUCCCCUGAGCUUCCACAAGCAGAAACCAGAGACUAUGGAGAUGAAAAACGAAGAAAAGGAAGUCAGGAUCACAUCCACAACUGAAACCGUAAAGACUGAAGAUGAUGAAGAAAAACCUCCCUCCUCACCGCUUAAUCAGAUCAAAACUGAGGAAGACAAGGAGGCAGAAUCUUCGACCAGCAGCUCAGCUGAGCUGAUAAAAACAGAAACUGAAGGAGGGUACUGCCGAGGACAACAACCGGACAGGAACCCUGAUCCAAAUAAUAAUUUAGAGCUUAAUGCUAAUGAAAAUGAUUCAGCCUCCUCAGAAACUGAUGUAAGUAGCAACGACUACUGGCAAAAAUCUGCCGGUUCAAGAUCUGAACCAGAAACCGCCGGUAAUGGUUGGAAGCAGACUGUAAUACCCGAGUCAGGUGUUAAAAAUAAUGUAGGUUGUAAAACUGCUCCAACAUCCUUCAGCUGCUCUGAGUGCGGUAAACAGUAUCGCCACAAGUGGUCCCUUAAGAAACACCUGCGGGUCCACUCUGGGGAAAAGCGUUUCCUCUGUAAAAGUUGUGGCGAAACCUUUAGUGAGUACGUGCAACUGAGGACACACAUAAAAAUACAUGCAGAUGAGAAACCUUUCCCCUGUGAUGUUUGUGGUAAAGGUUUUCGCAGAAUGGGUGACCAUAAGGCGCAUCUGAGAGUACACGCUGAAGAAAAGCCACUUAGCUGUAGCACUUGCGGAAAAGGCUUUUAUUAUCAGAUGAACCUUAACAAACACAUGAAGGUCCACAAAGACAAACCUUUCAGCUGUGAUCUUUGUGGUAAAAUAUUUAAUGUGAAGUCACGUCUUAGGAUGCACAUGCAAAACCACACUCAAGAAAAACCAUUCAGCUGUGGGGAUUGUGGAAAAAGCUUCAAUUUUAAAUCACUCCUAAAGACCCAUAUGAUCACCCAUACUGUAGAGAAACCCUUUAGCUGUGAUGUUUGUGGAAAAAGGUUUCGUGCAGAAGAACAUUGUGGGACUCACAUGAGAGUUCACACAGGAGAGAAACUUUUUGACUGUGGUUUUUGUGGUAAAAGAUUUCUCCGCAGUGCAAAUCUCAAGACACACAUAAGAAUCCACACGGGGGAGAAACCAUUUAUUUGUGAUUUCUGUGGGAAAAGUUUUAGUUCACAAGGAAGUCUUGUGAAUCACAUGGUGGUCCAUGCAACUGAAAAACCUUUUGCUUGCGAUGUUUGUGCGAAAACGUUUCGCAGACCAGUAGAGCUUAAAAUACACAUGAGGGUACACACAGGAGAAAAGCCAUUUGGAUGUGAUAUCUGCGGAAAACAGUUCAGUCAAAGCUCACAUGCUAAGAUACACAUAAGAAUGCACACAGGAGAGAAAUCCUGUGCUUGUCAUGUUUGUGGUAAAGCUUUUUGUGAGCGGGGAUCUCUUUCACAGCACAUGAGAGUCCACACAGGAGAAAAACGGUUUAGCUGUAGUAUCUGUGACACACAUUUUAAUCGGAAAUAUAAGUUAACAACUCAUAUGAAAACACAUUCAGGAAACCAGUUUGAUCCAGGGAAAACUGACCAAACUAGCCCAUGAUGACCAACUUGUAUUUUUUAUCUUUUGUAGCUGUUGAAAUAUGGAUUUUUCUUUUGGUUUGCAUUAUGACAAGUGUAAAAUAAUAGUGAGUCAUUAUACCCUUGGGGUAUUUAAAAAAAAAAAUACAUUUUGCAGAUGAAGCAAAAACUUACUUCCCUUGUUAUUUUUCUCCAAAAAGUUUAUUAUGCUUGUGUAACAUUAUAAUCGUCUUUCUGCUGCACUUGACAACUUUGGACAGCACAUUGGAAGACAAUGUAUAUAACCAGUAUAUUUAUAAGCACUUGAGUCCUAAUGUUUAGUAAUUUAUUUAUACAUCCUGUUCAUCUUUUAAGAUGUUUGUUUUGGAAACUGUUACUCUAACUAAAAGACAGGAGACAGAGCAAAAAAUGUUGAGAUUUUCAUUGGGUCGGAGACCAAAAUGGACAGAAUUAGAAAUUACUAUAUCAGAGGUUUAUAUCAAACUUAUUGACCAGUUUGGUGUUACAUGUGUUAUGAAAUCCUUCUGACUUGUCUGUGUAUGACAUGUUUUUGCCAGGUAUUAGAAAUUUGUUCUCUUCUUUUUACACUAUAGGAUCUAAGUAAAAAAACAACACAAAGAUCAAAUACAUUUAUUCCUUUUUAAAACGUCUAGACCUUAAAUCAGAGUUCAUAAUGGACCAGUUUGUGGUUUUAAAACCAGGUUUAGGGUCAGCAUGAAAGAAGCACUAAAACCUCUAUUGUUUUUUUUUUUUAUUAUUUCUGAACAAAAUAAAGAUAUAAAACCUUCAGAAAUUGUGCUUUAAAUCUUCUGCCCUUGGUGUUGGAUAGUUUAACCUAAGUAUUAGGAUGUAAGUGGAACAAAUCUAACUUGCCAAUAAUAAUAAGCAGUUCCCUUUACCACACUGCUUUAUCUCAUGCUAACGUAAAUGUCAUUUUGAUUUAAAGCACAUUCAGCUACAAUCUAAACAGGUAAAGGAUUUUGCUUCUAAGAUGUCUGAAUAAUGAAAGCUUGAGUAUGGGAAUUUUGAAUUAAAACCGGGUAGAAACCCUGUACGCAAAGAGUCGUUGUGACUGUACAGGAUCUAGCGUUGAGGCUGGAUGGAGGCAGAUACGCUCUGUGGCAACACAUCGAAGAAGGGAGAAUUAGGUUAUGCGUUGUAAAUUAAACAUUUGCACUUUGAA